CAAGUGGGCGGGGCUUGUCGUCCUGACAACCCGGGAGCGUUCGUCCACAUACUCUGAGCUCCGAUUUGGCCGACUGUGGAGGCUGUGCUGGCUACAGAAUGGGUCCCAAAGCAAAAAAGUCUGGCAGGAAGAAGAGGAAAAUCACCAAAGCUGAACGAUUAAAGCAGCUACAAGAGGAGGAGGAAAGACGGCAGAGAGAGGAAGAGGAGGCUCGUGUGAAAUAUGAAAAAGAAGAAAUGGAAAGGCUUGAAAUACAACGGAUUGAGAAAGAAAAAUGGCAUCAACUUGAAGCGAAAGAUCUGGAAAGGAGAAAUGAAGAACUUGAAGAACUUUAUUUAUUAGAGGGGUGUUUUCCUGAAGCAGAGAAAUUGAAACGAGAUACUAGAUUGCUUUCUCAGUGGAAACACUACAUUCAAUGUGAUGGGAGUCCUGAUCCUUCAAUAUCCCCAGAAAUUAAUACUUUCAUUAGCCUGUGGAAAGAGGAAACAAAUGAGACUCUUGAGGAAGUGAUUGCGAAGAGUAAACUAGUGCUAAAUUUAAUUGAUAAAUUGAAAUUAAUUUUGUUGGAAACACCACCAUAUGAUUUGGAAGAUAAAAAUAUAAUACAGUACCAAGGAUCAAUUCUAGAACUGCAGGAGCUCCUUCAUCUUAAGUUUAACAUAGCCACAGAAAUACUUCUCAGACAAGCUAGUACAUUAGCAGAUCUGGACAGUGGAAAUAUGGAAAAAGUCAUUCAAGAUGAAAAUGUUACUCUAUAUGUGUGGGCAAACCUCAAGAAGAAUCCAAGGUACAAAAGUGUCAGAUUCUCUGAAACACAAAUUGGAUUUGAAAUUCCAAGGAUUUUAGCAACAAGUGACAUUGCUCUACGCCUCCUACAUACACACUAUGACCAUGUCACACCACUGUGCCCUGUUCCAACAUCAUUACAAGAACAUACUGCCACAGUAACUCACUUUGUCAAGGAUGAAGUUAAGAAUGAAGAAGCAGCAAUCAGCAAAGAGCUCCAAGAAGAGGGUAAACAACGAGAAAAUGAGUCCAGCUCAGUUCAGGAAGAAGAAACAAAAUUUGAGGAACAAGGUGAUAGUGAAGUACAAAUGAGUUUUGUCCAGGAAGAACCUGAAGCCACAAAAUUUGAACUGGAGAUGAAAUUAUUAAGUGAAACAGUUUUAUCAGCACAGUUGUUGCUGAUAGAGAAUGCUAAUGAAAAGCCGUGUUUCUUUGAAGACAAUGAGGUUGAUUUAUGCCAAUUCACAACCCUGGGUGGAGUGUACCACUUGGAUAUUUUGGAGCUUCCCCCACAGUGUAAACCAAUGAAAGGCUGGAUGAUUGUGGAAAUACUCAAAGAAGGAUUGCAGAAAUAUAUCUAUCCUCCAGAAACUACAGAAGACGUUGAAACAGAAAAUGCUUUCCCACCCAUAGAGGUCACACUUGAGGUUCAGGAGAAUGUAAUCUUUUUUGAGGAUCCUGUGGUUGCAAGGUGGGAUGCUGAAGGUAAGCAUUGGCAAACUGAUGGCAUCAGCAAUGUCUCUUACAAAUCAGAAGAGAGACUUAUAACAUUCAGCCUAGAAACUUUUGGCCCUGUUACCUUGAUUCAAGAUUCUCAUAUUAACAUGCCGUUCCAGUCAUGGGAACUAAGACCACUUGAUGUGAAUAAAGUACUUUUGACUGUGACUACAGUAUUUACUGAGAUUCAAAUACAAAUUAAGGAAAACCUCUGCAUGUUAGCAUCAAUCAAACUAAAUAACAAAAAGCAUUCCUCUAUUUUGGAAGGAAAAUGGAUGACUCCUAUUUCUUUUAUUUGUGCUUUGAAAGAAGCUGGAUUGAAUAUCUUCCCUAGUGGACACUCUCAUUUUUAUGUUGUUAUAAAUUAUAAGGAUCCUUUAGUAGAAAUGAAAGCUUAUCGACAACUGGCCCUGUUAAGUUCUGCUUUUGCAUUUGGUUGGAGCAAGUGGAAUACAGUAUGUAAUUCAAAAAAAGUUAUAGUUAAGCUGAAGGAACACCUUACUGAAGAACCUACUCAGAAACCUAAUUGGACCAAUUUAAUGUUUAGUGGUGACAGAGCGCAAAGGCUCAAGAUCAAUGAAAACAGUGAGGCAUUCUCUGAAGCCCUUCAGGAGGAAACUGAGUUUCAUUCUACUUUAUAUCACAUGGUUAAGGAUUUUGCUUCCAAAAAAGCAAUGGAAAAAAUUAGGAGCUCCAACUGUCAGUUUAUUGACUCUGUGUGCUAUAUGCUACUCUCAACUAGAUUACUCAGCUAUUCUUAAUCCCCACUGAUAAAUUUUAUGCAGUAUGUAGAAUCAAGCAACUUGGAGCAAAAUCAGGUAUUUCUUCAAUAAAAUGUAAUGAGUGAAUAUAUUUCAAGAGGUUAUUAAAAUUUAAUAAGCA